UUUCAAUGGGAAGCCAUGAUGGAAGUUUGAGAGUUUAACAGGGGAGAAGUGAAGGAAAGGAACCGGAUUGGAGACCGCUCCUACGCGACAUUUAAAUAUCGAGUUUUUAAUUUCUUGGUGGAGGCUGUCACCUUUCAUUUCAUGUGUUGGAACCUGGGCAUCGUGGAUUGUUGUAUGUUCGAUGGCUUUUAUUUUUUAAGGAUGUGUAGACGAGCUAGCGCGCUAGCCGUUGAAGCUAGCGGCUAGACGGAGCGCGAGCUGAGUGCGAGCGGGGCUCUGACAACCGUGGAAGCGCCCGGAGAGGAUCCUCUCUCCGCCUUUGCGCUCAAUCACGGCGGCUACGGUGCGACCAGAGACUUGUCGUGCUCUAGAAAUUCUGCAAUUCGAGACGUGGGAAGUUGCUUAUCGUUUUACCCGAGGCUCUUCUGAGCCGAGGAGGGCAUUUUGGAAGCCGGGCCUGUGGUGGUUUGGAGCGAGGCCCUUGAUGAGAGAGGCACAGCAGACUCCAUUCUAGCUAGCAGGGGGACUGCGAAACCAGCAGAGCAUAAAGACGACGUAUCGUCGGAAAGCAACAAUACUCCCUCUCACACUAAAAACCCUACAGACUCCUUUCACAGCAAUGGCUGCGAUCAUAAAGGAAUUUGUCAGUCGAAACAAAAGGAGAUACCAGGAAGAUGGGUUCGACUUGGACUUGACCUAUAUAUAUCCUAAUAUUAUUGCCAUGGGCUUUCCUGCUGAAAGACUUGAGGGUGUCUACAGAAACAACAUAGACGAUGUUGUUCGAUUCUUGGAUUCGAAGCAUAAAAAUCAUUACAAGAUAUAUAAUCUAUGUGCAGAAAGACAUUAUGAUACUGCCAAAUUUAACUGCAGAGUUGCACAGUAUCCGUUUGAAGACCACAAUCCUCCUCAGCUAGAGCUUAUUAAGCCUUUCUGUGAAGAUUUGGAUAAGUGGCUCAGUGAAAAUGACAAUCAUGUGGCUGCCAUUCACUGCAAAGCUGGAAAGGGACGUACGGGUGUCAUGAUUUGUGCGUACUUAUUACACCGAGGCAAAUUCAAAAAAGCACAAGAGGCUCUGGACUUCUAUGGUGAAGUUAGAACCAGAGACAAGAAGGGAGUGACUAUUCCCAGUCAGAGGCGAUAUGUGUACUACUAUAGCUACCUUCUGAAGAAUAAGCUGGAGUACAAACCUGUGGCCUUGCUCUUUCACAAGAUGGUGUUUGAGACAGUGCCUAUGUUCAGUGGAGGUACCUGCAGGGAUUCUGCUGUAAAAAGCAAGAGUGAGCAGAUUCCACAUGGGUUCAGAAAAACCAAUUGGCACUGGGAUCCUCAGUUUGUUGUGUACCAGCUGAAGGUGAAAAUCCACACCUCCAACCCAGCGAACACAAGGCGAGAGGAGAAAUACAUGUACUUUGAGUUUCCGCAGCCGCUGCCUGUGUGUGGAGACAUCAAGGUGGAGUUCUUCCACAAGCAGAACAAGAUGAUGAAAAAGGACAAGAUGUUUCACUUCUGGGUGAACACCUUCUUCAUCCCUGGACCAGAAGAGAGCUCAGAGAAGGUUGAAAACGGAGGUUUAGUGAAGGAACUGGAUGGAAUCCAAGCCCCAGAACGGGUAGAGAAUGACAAGGAUUAUCUAAUCCUGACUUUAACCAAGAACGACUUGGAUAAAGCCAAUAAGGAUAAAGCCAACCGAUACUUCUCUCCAAACUUCAAGGUGAAGCUGUACUUCACAAAAACAGUGGAAGAACCAUCCAACUCGGAGGCCAGCACUUCUACAUCUGUAACCCCGGAUGUUAGCGAUAAUGAACCGGACCAUUACCGGUAUUCGGACACAACAGACUCGGACCCUGAAAAUGAACAGUAUGAUGAAGAACAGAUUACUAAAGUUUGAAAUAUUUUUAUGGGAAGAAAAAAAAGAAACCAUACGUAAUAGAGUUGUAUAAAGGAGAAAACUUGAAUAUGAACUGAAAGCAAGUACUCCCCCCUCCCCCCCCCCUUUUUUUUUUUUUUUUUUUUUUUUUACUUUUUUUUUUUUUAACUUUUUCCUCAAGCAGAAGUAGGACACGUCACACAAAACGCCACCAGUUUUAGGGACAAAAAUGCUGACCAAUUUUUUUGUUCAUUUGCCCCUCUCCAUGAAGUAUCAACACUGAUGUUCCGUGGAAAACGGCAUCAGUAGCUAUUAUGUAAAUACAUGUUCAUGCCGUAACACAAGAAAGGAAACCCAGUCAGGAUGGGAGAUUGUGAGAUUGUUUAUGGGAGAAAUCCAGUGGAGAUCGAAAUUUGCUGCUCCAUCAACCUGUUGACACCAAGGCCAGUGCUUUAAUCAGCAUUCAUGCCCCCAUGUCUGUCCUUCUUUAGUCUGUCCUACCUACUGUGAAACUGUUCUCAUGCUGCUGGAAGGCCGCCACGUGUCAGUCGGGCUCUGUUGUGCAGUGGAAUUUUUCAGUCUGCUUUCAUCAUUAUUACCACUACUAAAGUGGAGGUGGUAAUGAUUCUUUUAAACUACAUGACACCUUGGCAGUAAACACAACAAAUAACUCCAUGUAUUAUUAUUAUUAUUAUUAUUAUUAUUAUUAUAUAUUUUUUUCCUCUUUUUUUUUUUUUAAUGCAAACACACACAACACAACAGGGAAACCAGUGUUGCAAUAAUGUUGAUCGAAGGUGUGCAUGUUAUUGGAAUCAGUUUCCAUGUUGUAAAAUAAAUAGUAUACAAUGUUUUUCUAAAAGAGGUUUCUAAAGUCAUUUACAAUUUGAUUGUAUUUGGGAGGAAGUCAUUGCCAUCACUCAUUCUUCUGCAGAUGGGAUUUUAAUCUAUAAACAGUCCCUCAGUGGCACUUCAUUUUUAUAAUUCACAAGUUUCCCCUUUAAAAUUGGCACUUGUUUAAAUCAGCUCUCACUGGAUGGUUUUGUUUUCUGUUUCACUUCUUAAAGGUUCAUGGUUUGAGCUCACUUUAGCUUCAGUCAUAAAACUGUUGUGGGAUACGGAUCAAUCUUGCGUGAGGGCUCCGUGUGGCCACGGUUCAUUACAGUGAUCACAGGUCAGAUCGGGUUGAUGGGGUACAGCAUCUCAUGUAAUGCAUGUCAACAUGGAGGACGCCCUUUUCUGAAUGUAUCAACCUUGGAUGCAAGUUUUGAUUUGAAUUCAACAGCAUUCCCAUUGUUUUUCUUUCUUUCUGGCUGUGUCAGACAUCAGAUCUUUGGCUCCCUAUAAACAUGUUUGUAGCCUUAUCGUGCAUGAUCUAAUGAAAUCUGUAUCAUUUAUCCAGCAAUGGUGCUUGCUAAACUGCAAACUUACAAUGCACAGUACAGCCGUUUCGGAGUGAAGAACCUCAUGGUGCAAGCGUUCAAAUGCACUGCGGUGCGUGUCGUAACUCUUAGUUGCACUUUGAUGUGCGUAACCAAUUAGUCUCCAACAGUUUGGUGUCCCUUACUAGCUAGAAUUCAUUUAGAUUUUUUUUUUUCUUUUUUUUUUUCUUUUUUUUCUUGAACAGGCCUCGUUCCCUUUGGAAUGAGCAUAGUGCAGCUACGGAUUUUACACAAAGUCUUGUGCUUGCUUCAGAAAUAUUAAAGCCCUAUAUAUGAGAAUAUUUAAAUGUAUAAUUUUCUUUUAAGCAUGCCAAAUCUUUUUUUUAACACCUGGCUGAUGUGGCCAGACCAAAAAAUAAAAAUUAAAAAUACACACACAAAAAAAAAAAAACCUUUCUCAGUCUCUUGGGCAAGAAUCUUCACUAAGGGUAGUGAGUAAGCUGCCUUUCUCGUACUGUUAACGUUCAGGCUUCACUCUUCUCACCAGCCCUCUGCACACACCGUACAUCUCGCCUUCCUUUAGAGAAAGAUUACGUUUCCCUCAUAUGAGGAGGAGACCUGGCCUUCCUUCAUGAGAUUGUACACUAACCAAUCCAGGAGUUAAAGCAAGCCUAUCAAGGAUUCUCAUUUUGUUUACAUUUUAUCACAUCACUGAAAACCUGCCAAAAUUAAGCUUGAUCAUUUUUGUUUUAUAAUUUUCUUUGUGUUCAGAAGAGGAGGCGGGGCCCACGGGAGGUAUUCUUUGCCUUACUUGAAGUUGACAAUGCUUACUCUUCUACUGCUUUGAUACCUACCAUUCUGCCCAAGCACUGACUUAUUUAAAGCUACUAUAAUAGAGCAACAUAUUGUACUAGACAUUUGCACUGUUACAGGUCUUUGCAGGGUUUCAGUCAGCGGUCCACAGUAUUUGUUUGUUUUUGUUUGUUUUUUUUUCUCUGGAAAUGCUUUACAGCAAUCAAAAGUAGGAGAAUAGAGGUGAAAAGACGUAAAUAUUGUCUCUGUGCAUCCCAAUAGAAUCAAAUGUUUUUAUUGACUGAAAAUAUUUUGUUUGUUUUUUUUAAGAAAGCAUAAAAUAGAAAAAAAAUGAAUAAAGCGACUAUUUAUGAAAGUAUUCGUUAACAUUCUGGCAAAGACCCUCUGCAGGUAGUCCCUCUAAAUGUACGCUGAUGUUUUUUGGAUGUUUAGCGGUUUAAUGUGACUUUACCGAAGAGUAUCCCAUGAUGAGCUUUGAUUUGAAGGGAUAGUUCCCCCCAAAAAUUGUCAUUUCAUCGCCCUCGUGUCAUUCCAAACCUGUAUGAACACAAAAGAAGAUAACUGUUUUUGUCCGUACAAUGAAACGCAGUGUUAUUUUGGACCCCAUUGACUUUCUUUUACUUCUGUUGUCCAUAUUAUUAAAGUCAUACAGGUUUGGAACAACAUGAGGAUGAGUAAAUGAUGACAGAAUGUUCAUUUUUAGGUGAAUUAUCCUUUUAAGCCUCAGCCCAUCUCUGUGAAAUGUGACGCAUCACCUGCCAUUUUGACAAUUUAGCCACAGUACCUUUACACACAGACCCUCAGACAUCCUGUACGUGGCACGGGUGUGUGGAGCUCACAGGCAGCAUGAAAUUAAUUUUCAGCUUUAAUGAAAAACAAAACGUCUUCAAAGGUGCCAGUGUAUAUGUUUCACGUCACUCUUUCUUAGCUGAUUUGUGCAAUAUGUUAUGAUGCCUGUGGUUGCCACAAAGUGCCUCUUGUUUACAGUUGAAGAAAAGUACUCGCUUUAAAAACUGUCGUAUAGGACAUCAUGUCAUGCGUGCGGAUGUAUGGGGUGGUACUGUGCACUAAAUCGUCCAGCUAGACUUGCAGCAGGGGGCCCUUUGGACUUCGGCCAUGCUCCAUUAGAAACCAUUCUCCUCCUCAGAGGGUUUUUACAGUCACGUAAUGUAAACGCGGUAUAUUUUCAGUCUCUUAAGCAAACAGCCUUACUCCGUUUCAGCCUGUUCAGAUACUAUUGUGCUGUGCAACAGUUGCUCUGUGUGUAAUGCCUAUGCACUGAGAAUACACAAACCAACCAUGUAUGAAAUAUUGUACAGGUAAUCAUGUUGCUCAUACAAAUCACAUGUUUGUUUGUAAUUGUAUGUGUAAACUGCCCUUUAUCUUAGUGUUAUAAACUCCACAUAAAUCCAAUAAAGUCUCAUUCUUGUCA